AUGGAUUCGAACAAUUUCUGUUAUAUUGUAUUCAAAUAUGGAGGAUAUUGGAGUGUUGUGAAGGGACAGACGAGGCUAAAAUAUGUUGGUGGUAGUCAAAGAACUUUAAAGUUUGUGAGAAGUGAUGUUAAUUUAUUUUUACUGAAAGAACAAACUGAAGCACUAUGCCCGUGGCUAAGGGCGCAUGAAUAUGACCUACACUAUCACAUCCAUGGAACAUCACCAAAAAAUUACAUGUCCAUUAUAAGUGAGACAGAUGUUUUGGAUAUGCUUACAUAUUCUUCUGAUUCCCACAAAAUGGAGGUGGUUGUCGUUGUGAAAGAGCUUGAAGAAGAUAUAGGUAUUGCUUGUGAUAGCCAGCAUGAUACAAGUUGCAAAAUAAUGACAAACAAUGAUAUAAUAGUUGGUGGAAUGUCUGAAGGUAUUCUUGACAGUCCAGAUUUAGAGGAAAAUUCUCUUAUUGUAGGAUCAAGGUUUGAGGAUUCGUUCAGUUUCAAACAAGUUAUUCGUUCCAACGCGAUCAUACAUAACUUUGAUAUCAAGAUUAAGGCUAGUGACAAAUCAAGAGUUAUUGCUACAUGCUCAUACCGUGGUUGUCCUUGGAGGAUACGAGGUUCUUUAUGUUCUGAUGGCCACUCCUUUGAAGUGAAGAAAUUAAAUCCUAUACAUUUAUGCCCCGGGGUAAACAGAGCUGGGAACAAACAAGCAACUGCUAGCUGGGUUGCCCAAGAAAUCCAGGACCUUGUCAAAAGAAAUCCUGAUAUUACACCCAAGGACAUUAGUAAUAACUUGGAGACUACUUAUGGUUUGAGUUUACCAUACAUGAAAAUAUGGCGAUCAAGGGCACUAGCAAGAGACCAAAUGUUUGGAUCAAUAGAUGAUAACUACAAGUGGGUUCCAACUUUGAAGACCGAAUUGCUCAAAAGAAAUCCAGGCUCUCAUAUAACAUAUCAAUGUGACAACCAGAACAAAUCAUUCAAGAGAUUCUUUGUUAGUUUUAAAGUUUGUAUUGAUGGAUUCCUCGCAGGUUGUAGAUUUUUAAUUGGUGUUGAUGCGUGCCAUUUGAAAUCAAAAUAUUUAGGUGUACUACUAUCUGCAAAUUGUCUUGAUGGGAAUAAUGGUCUCUUUACAAUUGCAUUUGCCGUUGCUGAAUCCGAAUCAAGGAAGAGUUGGGAGUGGUUCUUGAAGAACUUGUUAGAAGCUUUAAAUUGUGAUAUAGAACAUUUGGCAUUCAUAUCAGAUAUGGAGAAGGGGUUAGGUGAAGCAAUUAAGGUUGUUUUUCCAACAGCCGAGCACAGGGUGUGCAUGAGACACCUUUGGAAGAAUAUUAAGAAAUUUUUCCGAUGUGAAGAUGGCCAUAAAUUACAGAAGUUGGUUUGGACUGCUGCAAAUACUUUUAGUCAGCACAAUUUCAAUGCAUAUUUUGAAGAAAUCCGAAGCUUGUCACCUGGAGUAUAUUCUUACCUAUCUGCAUUGAAAUGUAAGUGGUCUAAAUCCACUUUUUCUCUACAAAUUAAAAACCACUAUAACACAAACAAUAUGUCGGAAUCUUUCAAUGCAUGGGUGGACGAGGCUAGGAGUAAGCCAGUUGUGGAUCUAAUCGACAUGGUUAGAGGAAUGAUGAUGGAACAACGUUCUCAAAGGAAGAUCAAUUGCAGUUCUUGGAAGGGGCCACUUGUCCCUUGUGUGGAGGAGUAUCUUAGAGAUGUUACAACAACAAAAAAUCACUUUAUUAUUCGGGAAUCUACUUCCACCAAGGCUGAGGUCGAAGGAAGAAAUGAUCGUCAUGAGGUGGAUAUUGAGAACCGUAUUUGUAGUUGUGGAUUUUGGCAAGUGUGUGGACUUCCAUGCGUACAUGGUGCAUCAUUCAUUGGAUCGAAACACUACAAUUUAUGGCACACAUACGUGGACGAGCACUACUACACUUUUCGGUUUGCUUCCAAAUCUUAUUCAUGCACUAACAUAUUCAUUUAUUUUGUUCCUAACAUCACUUUUUUUAGCAGAUAUAAAAGGGCGUAUGACGGAGCAAUCGGAACACUUCCGGGGAAGGAGCAGUGGUUGAUACUUAGUGAUGGUGAAGUUGUUGGUCCACCAAUUUCACGUAGGCCCCGCGGUAGACCGAAGAAAAGAAGAAUUAAAAACUUCUUAGAAACUACAAAAAAAGCUAAGUUGAGUCAUAAGUGUGGACGUUGUAAUUCAUGGGGACACCAUAGAAGCACCUGUAAGAACCCUUUAAAUGGUGGUAGUGAAGGCAAUUAUAAUGAAUUUGAGAUGCCGACAACUUCAGCUCCACGUGAAAAAAUGCCAAUCAGACGUGCUGAUCAUGAAGACAACUUCAGCUCCACGUGA